CAGACACAGUGAAACAGCAAUCAAUAUGAGCAAUCAUCAAACUGUGAGAUUCCUUUUGCCCUUUCACUUUCUUGAUGAUAGUGAUCUUUAUGUGUAUUAUUUGAUGUGUGUUAUCUUGAUCAAGCAGGUGUUGAGGCAAUUGGAGCCAUGGUGUGAGCUUAAAGACAAAGUGGUUCUUGUGACAGGAGCUUCCUCUGGUAUAGGGAGAGAGAUCUGUAUUGAUCUUGGCAAAGCUGGUUGUAAGAUUAUUGCAGCGGCUCGUCGUGUUGAUCGUCUCGAUUCUCUCUGUUUUGAAAUCAACAGCUUUGGUUUAACUGGAAUUCAAGCCGCAGCUCUUGAGUUAGAUGUUUCAUCAGACGCAGACACUAUUCGAAAAUUGGUUAAAGAAGCUUGGGAAAUCUUUGGAAAGAUAGAUGUUUUGAUUAACAAUGCUGGAAUCAGAGGCAAUGUCAAGUCGAGUUUGGAUUUGUCAGAAGAAGAAUGGGAUAAAGUCUUUAGAACCAACUUAACUGGAUCUUGGUUAGUAUCUAAAUUUGUCGGUGUUUUGAUGCGUGACGCUAAACGUGGUGGCUCGGUGAUAAACAUCUCGUCGAUCUCUGGGCUUCACCGUGGUUUACGGCCAGGUUGUCUUGCGUAUGCUUGUUCCAAAGGCGGUGUUGACACCAUGACGAGGAUGAUGGCUAUUGAGUUAGGUGUUUAUAAGAUCAGAGUGAACUCGAUCGCACCGGGGCUUUUCAGGUCAGAGAUCACACAAGGUCUUAUGCAGAAAGAAUGGCUCAAGAAAGUUACGGAACGAACUGUACCGUUAAAGAUGCAACAGACUGUGGAUCCAGGGCUUACAUCUCUUGUGCGUUAUCUCAUUCAUGAUUCUUCUCAAUAUGUCACUGGGAAUACUUACAUUGUCGAUUCUGGAGCUACAUUGCCCGGUGUGCCCAUCUUUUCUUCUCUCUGAAAAUCAUAAUCAAAAUCUUGUGUGUUUGUACACUGUGAUAAGAAUGAAGUCUAUUCCAACAA